CUCGGGAUGCCUUUACUCAGAACUGCAGCUCUUGCUGGAGAAAUCUCCACAGCCCAGUUCUCUGAGAAAAAAACCGAAGGUGUAUCAAGGUGUCCGAGUGAAGAUGACAGUGAAAGAGCUACUGCAGCAAAGAAGGGCGCAUCAGGCAACCUCGGGGGCAACCCUGUCAGGAAGCAGCAGUAUCCACCUUCCAGACCCCAGCACGCCGACGCCUGCAGGACUGUAUUUUGAACCAGAACCAAUGUCUUCCACACCCAGUUAUUUUCAACCCCGAGAAUUUUCCACCUGUGUCUCUUGUGAAGAAAGUCCAAGCUGCCUCGAGCAGAUCUUUGAGUCCUACCUUCAGACAGAGACAAUCCCGGAACCUUUGCUCAACACCGCACAAAGUGUUCCCCACUAUUUCCCAGACAGCUGUCAAGUGGCCCCUUUCUGCUAUAACCAGAGCCUGACUCCAGGAUCACCUUCGGAUUCCUCCAGCCUCUCUGGCUCCUUUGACUGCAGCUACUCGCCAGCUCAGCCGCCUUCCUACACUCCAGAGAAUUAUACUUCUCCGCCUUCCCUGGAUUCCCUGACCCAUAGCCUCCCGGAGGAAGGUUACACAUACCACCACCAUUGGCCUUCCCACCCCCAGGACAACCACUUCUCCCCAGCCACCCCUCCGGUCUGUUACUGGGCAUCCUGUGAAGCAGAGCAUCUGGAUGCCCACAGAACCUCAGAGUUCUUCUACCCCAGCACAGACUAUGUGGACUUUGCCCCCUCGGCAGCCAUCACUGGCGAUUUCUAUAAAAGGGAAACAAGCUGUGAUAUCUGCUAUAGUUAGUAAAAACCGCCCUGGAGCGUGCCGUGGGCACAUCUGUUUCUCUACUGCAUCUAGAUGUAAACAUUCAACCCUUCACAAAACAACCCACGUAAGGUUUACAUCUCAAUGUUUUUAACCUCCUGAUACUAGUGUAGGGAUCGAUAGAAAGCCUUCAAACCUGGUCUUGUGCCACACUUAUUUUAUACACUCACUGAUAAAAGUUUUUGUAUGGAAUUUUCCCUGUGCCUUGCUU